AUGGAUGAAGUUAUCGCACGUGCAAAAUAUUUGAUCAGAAAAAUAUUAAAAUCACGGUCGAGUCGUUAUUACACACAUUUAGUUGAUGUUGAUAAUCUUCUUAAUCAACUACUUGAACCAAAUUUCACAGAAACUGAAUGGACUCAAUUGUUCUGUCGACAAUUAAAACGUUUGAUGGACUCUAAUGAAUCAAUACGAGACGAUAUUUGGAGGCAAUGGCAUCUUGCUCUUUUUUAUAUAAUAGAGGAUCCAAAUGGUGAACAAGACAAAGGUAAUAAUUGGGAACGAUUUCUUGAAAGAAUGAAUUUCGAACGUGAACUGAAACAACGUGAGUUACAGUUUCAAGAACAGUUUAAAGAACGAAAGGAUUUAAGUCAAUUAUUUUGUGAACAUAAUGAGUUUUUCAAAGAAUAUUUUCAAAAAUGUAUUUCUUUUCAUUCGAAAGUGCAAGUGCGAGGUUUGAUCAACAAUAUAGAUGAUCUUCUUUCUAAAGUUUACGGACUAACAGAAGUUUUUCUCACGUCAGAAAGUCACAAACGUCUUGAAAAAAAAUUAAAAAGUAUUGAGAUAAAUCUUGAUUGUUCGAAUAAAUUAUUAAACUGUUAUGAGUUCCAGUCUUCUACAGAUCUUAAUUCCUCUAAGAGAGUCAAUAAUAGUCUCAAUACCUUUUUACCUUCAAUUGAACUAAAAGAAAAAAAGAAAAAUCAUAAAACGAAGAAAAUUGCGAAUGUAUUACAAUCCAAUCGAUGGAUUGUUAUUCUGGGUGAUCCAGGUAGUGCAAAAACUACUCUUCUUCGAUGGAUCACACGUAUUCUUGCUGAAGCAGCUCUUCAUAAUGAUGAAGAAGUCGUUUUAGAAGGAAAUUGUCGCAUUCCAGUUCGUAUUCCUAUUUUGAUUCGAAUUGGUGAAUUUGCAGCGUGGCUUAAUCAGCACCAAACAAAAACAUUAAUAGAUUAUAUCGGUGAACACACAUGGUUUUUUGAACGUUAUUGUGAUAUUGAUAGUGGAAAUGUGUUGAAAGAAUUAGUAUAUCAUGGCCAUACAUUAAUUCUUCUAGAUGGGCUUGAUGAAAUUCUUGAAGUUGAACGAAAAGGAGAGAUUGUUGAUCUGAUUAGAAAAUUUAUUGUUGAAUAUGUACGUGGACCUGAGUUUUACACGGCAUUUGAUCAUUGUAUGUUCGAAACUAGAUCAGUGUUUGAUAAUAGAAUAAUUUUAGAAAUGCAACCACCAAAUAAAUGUGGUGGUAAUCAGAUAGUUGUUACCAGUCGUAUUAUUGGAUAUGAUUUCCAUCCACUUACUGGUUCGCUCAUCCAGCAUUGUUCAUUAUUAUUAAUGAAUCAUGAACAAGCAAAAGAAUUUAUAAACAAGUGGAUGACACAAGUUGAGAAAUGUAUACUUGAUGAUUUGUUAAAUGAAGGUAUUCAAAUUGACGAAGAAACAGUGAAAAUUUUAUCGAAGAAACGAAAUACUACUGUAAAAGCAAUGUUUAAGAAUCGUUCAGAAUUAUUAAUGUCAAAUCCUUCUUUAUUAUCUUUAUUUUGCACGUUUAUUUUCAAAUCAUUCGAUCAAUUUCAACCUACAUCUCGAGUAGAAGUGUAUGAUCAGACUGUUCAGGCAGCCUUGCAUUCCUGGAGAAAUCAGGAACCAUGCAUCUCUGAAAGUAUUCUAGCUCAUUUUUUGAUCGAACUUGCAACUUAUCUUCAUUUACAAUCGCCAUCUGGUCUUAUAGAUUUGUUCGAUAUGAAAAAAUUAUGCUAUUUAGUUCUACAACAACAAGGUCUAUCCAAUGAUCGUACAGAACUGCGUAUCUAUACGAAUAAAUUGAUAUCUUUGCUAGAUUUUAACGUUGGUAUUGCAGCUGAACGAGGUUUACAAGUAUUUGGUUUUCUACAUUUAUCACUUCAAGAAUAUUUUGUCGCGCAGGCUCUUGUAAGAGGUUCUUCGAUUGACGAAAUUGUAAAACGUAUUGUUAGAUUCUCAAUUUAUCCUCAUUUUCGUGAACCACUCCUUUUGGCUCUUGGUUGGAUUAGUUGGAAAUGGUCAUUUGAUGAAUAUAAUAAGUUUUGCAAUCUUCUCUUAACUCCAAUCAAAGAUUACAUAAUUCCAAUUGGAACAUUUCUUUUCUUCGAUGCUUUCAAUGAUUUGAUAAGAUUGCCUUCAAACUCAAUUAUUUUUACGGCACUGAAUAAUUUACUAUAUCACUCUUUUGGAAAUCUCACAUCAAAAUAUUUAUUACAGACUUUACCUCGAUUAUCUGAUGAUAUUAUUACAGAAUGGAUGCAAUUAUAUUUAAAAGAUGAUAAGUGUCUUUUUAAUUUUUGUCAAUAUUUUACACAAAGUAGAAUAGAAAAAUUUUACGGACCUUGUUAUGAUCAGAAAUUAACGUCUAUUUUAUAUCAACAGUUAUGGUCAUAUCACAAUAUCAGUCUAUCAGCCGAGUUCAUUCUUGAUCAAAUAUUACGAGGACUAAUGGUAUUAGAUAUUGUAACUGAACAAAUUUUUAACAAAAAAUUAUCGUUAUCUUUAUUGUCACACGAUCUCUGUAAAUCGAAUAUUCAUCCCUUAAUACUUGCUGUUAUUAAUGCAGUAUGUGGAGGAGUACAUUUGUACCUUUAUGCAGCAAAGUUUAAUAUUUCUUUUUCACCAAAAUAUAUGCAUCGUGAAUCUUCAAUCUUAGCUCCAAUCGUGAAGUACUUGAAUAAUAAUGUAGAACCACAUUCAAUCAAAAUUCAAACGCUCAUCAAUGAUUACCAAAAUUUUCUUGAAAUGUCCUUACCAUCAAAUACUUCAAUUGAUGUCGUCGAUACUUUCAUUGCUUUAAUCUGUUUACAAGGACUUUCUCAACCAUCAAUUUAUCAAAAAUACAAGAAAUACAAAGCAUUACCAUUAGCACUCGAGAGAUUCAAGUGGAUAUGGUUCUAUUUAAACGACUCAUGCAAGCACAUUCGAGGAGAGGUUUCCUACAUUUUUGAUAUAGAUUUUUUUAAAAAUGAAAUUGAACCAAUUAUCAACGAAUUCUUUCCUCAACCUGAUCCAUCCGAUGAACAAUUCUCGUCAUUUUCGCAAGCAUGUGCGGUUGCUUGUAAGAAACUUCGAUUUUUGGAUAUAUCAAACUUACUUAAAUUGGAUACUUCUGAUAAAAUCGAUUUAGAUUCGUAUUAUCAAUCAGAAUUUUUUCAUUUUAUUGAUGAGAAAAAAUUAGAUUUAAUCGCUCAAAAUAUUUCUUCAUUGAAAAUAUUAGAAAAGAGACCAUUUUUUCUACUUAAUUUUCUUCCACAAUCUCUUCGGCAAUUGUACUCUUGGACGAUCAUCUCUCCGAUUAAUAAAAAAGAUUCAUUACCAUUAGUUGUACUUUUAUCACAAUGUUUAAUAUAUUUGGAAAAUGUCGAUGAAUAUAAUUCGAAUUUCUAUCUUGCCUUAGUGAUGUUACAACCAUUAUUAAAAGAACAUACGUUAGAAAACUAUGCAUCAGGACUCUUAUGGGAAAAAUAUUUUGAUACUGAAACCAUUAAAUCAAAUGCUACUCGAAAGUUUUUGAAAGCGAUAAAUGAUCGAAAAUUAUUUGAUCCAUUUCAUAUGGACUACCAAAAAAAUUUGGAAUUAUUUAUCAAGGUAGAACGUCAACGUAUUAGUAAAGCAAAUAUCGCGCUGCACAAUCAAGACAGAGAUAUGAAACUUUUUUCUACAUCGAUUUCUCUCGCUCGACUUUAUCAAACUCUAUAUCGUAUUCAUAAAUAUAAAGCAAUAAGGCACAUUGGUAUUUCUCAUGCUGAAAGUAACGAUAUUCACUUGGCGAUAAUGAAUAUACUCAAUCCAAUUCUACGAAUCAUCGCACUAAAUAUCAUUUUAAACAUGAAAGAUCCGUUGAUCUUUAUUGAAGAGCAAAGAGAUCAAUUGCAAUGGCAAAUGAUUUUUCUACUACAUUCUAUACUACCGAAUCUUUCAUUAUUAACAUCAACUCUUUUAUUUGUUCAAUGUUAUACAGUACAUCAAAUGUUUCCAUUAUCAUUUGAAUAUAUGACAAAUAUCAUUGGUCAAAAAUUAAAUGAAGUAUCAAAAGAUAAACAAAAUCAAGGUCAAGAAGCAGCAUACAUUGCAUUGAAACAGCUAAAUAACUUGAAUCUAUCGCCUUUUUUAUCUGAAUUUGCCAAACGAACGAUAAACUUGUCUGAUGUUCUUCAUUUUAACUCAACAAUAUUCUAUCAUUUUUUAACCAACAGAACAUCAUUUGAUUCAUGCAAUGGUAUCCUUCUAUCAAUUAUGUAUUUAAAUGAAUUAAUUUUCGAUGUUCAAAGUCUAAAAAUGUAUACCGAAGAUGAUUAUAAGAGUCAUAUUUCACCUUUGAAAGAAUUAGAAGUAUUAUGGAAUGAAUUAUCUAAAAUUGAAAAGAUAAUGUCCUUUAAAGUAGCAACAUGGAUCACGAAUUUUUUACCAAUCUUAAACAAAAAAGAAAUUCAUCAAAUUAUCGAAUAUAUAUGUUGUUGUACAUUGGUUGAAAAGAAUGCUAUUUCAGUGAUAGAAAAAUGGCUCGAUUAUCGGAAUGAUCAAAAUAUAAAAAUAUUUGCUCAAUAUGCUGCAUUACAAUUGAUUAUUGAAGGAUUCAAUAAUUCAGAGUUGAUGGAUAUCCUCAACGAUAUGAUUUUUACAGAUACUUGGUUCCGUUUAAUGUCUAUUGUAAAACGUUUGUUCAAUUCUCACCGUGUCAAUUCAAGUAUUUUUCGUCAAAUCUUGAUUAUAUUACAUACAAAUAUUCAAUAUUUUUCGAAGAUUUCUUUUUUAAUUGAUUGUAAAAAAACUUUUAAAUUAAUUCUUGAUUUGGAAUAUGAACGCAUAAAUUCGUAUAUGUCUCGACAAAGUAAAAUGUCGACUAAACCGUUUUUAUUAAUAAUUAAGAGUUGUUCAAACGAUUUAAAACUUUUUCUUGCAAAUUAUCUUCGUACAUUUAUCAUUAAAAGUGUUAUGGAAGAGGAAUAUAUUGCUGUUGUUAUUAAAUGGAUUAUCGAAAACUUGAUCUUUGAUGCGAUAGUAGAAGAAUACAAUUAUAUUUUCACAUUACUUCAUAAUCAAGAGUUUCCUCGAAUUCAAAAAGCAAUUAUUAAUGGUCUUAAUUCAGUAUUCUUACGUAUGCGAGAAAAACAAGAUGAUAUUUUUUUGCAAGAUGCAAUGAAGAAUUUGGAGAAAGUGAUUUGUUCAUGGAAUAUAUAUCCAAAAGAUGUUCUAACUAUUUGUUUAUUAGCUUAUGGCAAUUGUUUAACUUUCUUCAACAAACAUAAAAUGAAUCGAAAUGUUUCAGAUCAGACGAAGAAUAUGCUUAAUAUCCUUUCUGAAACAUCAUUUCCAGAAAUUAUUUUUAUUAGAGCUAGUUUUUGUUUAAUUUUCAUGAAACAGUCGUUUCCAGUAUUUCAUAUAACAUUGGAUUGGUUUAAAAACAAACGGAAUAUAACAUCUGAAGAGGCAUAUAAUAUAUUAUUAAAUCAAACAUUAUAUGAAACAAGAGAAAAUUCAGUCGGACUAAGUAUAGAAGGAUUUGUUGAACAUGUAGAUGAAUAUAUGGAUUCUAAUAAUUUUAUGAGCACAUUUGUCACUGAUAUGUAUAAUUAUUUAUGUGAUAAAGAUAUCAGAAACUAUCUUUCUGAUCCUUCACCUGACUAUAUAAUCAUAGCAUUGAAGGUGAUAGAAAAAGCUUGGAAUAAAUUUCGUAACGCUGUUAAAAAAAGUUCUUUUGGAGAAGAAGAAUUUAGAAAAAAAAUCAUUUUUCAUUUUAUGAAUAAUCCAAGUGAUCAAUUCUACUCAAUAGCACUUUAUAACUAUUUUGGUAUUCUUACCCAUGAACAUAUCGAUAUAUGGAAAAGAUUUCGAGAUAAUGAAACUUAUCGGAUAUUGGACCAGGUACAUAGAAUCAAACACGUAUCUGAUAGAGAUGUUCUUGAAAAAUUCUUCAAGCUAAUAGAUUUGAACAUGUGUAAAGAGAAAUUUCAAAGUUAUUCAAAUGUAUUGAAAUCUCUUGCGACAAUUCAUGAUGCAUCUCUAUUGGAAAUAUAUCAAAGUAUUUCACGCAUUGAUACUAUAUCAUAUGAACAUGAUGAUGAAUGGUGUGAUCGUAAAGAAGAUAUUUUAAAUCUGUUAUUAGAUAUUAGUUGUUUUAAUGACAAAAAAUUUUCGUCGAAAUUAAAAGAAACAGUUAUUACUCCAGAGAAAAUUGAUGAAGAAUUUCAUCGAGAAAUUGCAUAUCUUGAUAAAAACUCAGCUUUGUUUUUUCGAGAUAAUCCUUUUAUCACUGAUUUUAAUUCAAAUUCGAAUUAA